AUGAUGUUCCAGUUUAAUCUAAUAGUAGGACUAGUAUAUUCUGUGGUAGUACAAGCUGCAAUCAAAGAUGAUAUAAUUCAUAUGUACAAGAAUAAAUUCAACGGCGAUGGAACCUACUAUGGUCCAACUGAUGGAGGCACAUGUCAAUAUGACCCACCAUCAAAACCACCAGCAGGACUCAAUCCAAUCAUCAGGAAUUUUGUAGCUUUAAAUAAACCUCAGUUUCUGGGAUCAUACAGUUGUGGAAUGUGCUUCAAGGUAAAUUCUAACGGACAAGGGUUGGGUACUAAUCCUAUUAAGGGACAUUUUGUGGUGUUCGUUGCUGAUCUAUGUCCAGAAUGUAAAACAGGUUCGUUAGAUUUUGCUAUUAAUGGUGAUGGUAGAUGGAAGAUUGAAAUUCAAGCAGUGCAGUGUCCAGUUGGUAAUACCAAAUUAGAGUAUAAAUUCCAAGGCAGUAAUUCCUAUUAUAUUAAACUACAAAUACGAAAUGCAAGAAUCCCAGCAGUAGCAGUAAAGAUAAAACAGAAUGGAUCAUGGAAAGCCAUGAGUCAUAGUGCUGAUGGUUUUUGGAUAUUGUCCGAUCAAAAACCAGUCCCCACCCACAAUAUAGAUGUACAAAUUACCGCCGCUAAUGGUGAAACAGUACACGAUACUAUUCCAGAACUUGUAAACGCAAAAGUACUACACGGAUCUCAAAAGGUUCAGUUUGCUUUAGAUGGGAACUUGCCAACUGCAUAA